AAAAGGACCUGAUUUUAAUACACUAAACUCUGCCAGCUGUAUUUUCUAUAAAGAGGAGGAAUAAAUCUAAUGCAACGGCAAGUGAGAUAAUCUUACGGUCAAUAAGUUGCUAGCUUAUUAAAAUUUCCCACGCAGCUGCGUGGGAUAGCACUGCUAUUAAAGAAAAAUUGUUUCUCAUAAUAUUGGGUGCUCACAACGAUGAUUAGUGCGCUACCAAAGAUUUUUUAUUUAACACCCCAUCUAUCCCUAGUUCUUCUUUUGCUGUCGUUGCUCUAAUACCAAAUUCCAAGCAGACCAUUCUCGCGCGAGAAGAGUAGUAGAGAGAGUUUAAACCAGAGAACCUAAACUAUCAAACAAUGGCGAACGCUGAAGUAGAUGUUGUAGAUUAUGAAGACGAAGAUAUGGAAGAUGCAGUUGAAGUCGAUGCACCCAAACUCAGAUCAGCCGUUACCGAUUCCUCAUCUGCUCCAUUAAAGACCAAAGGACGAGGUUUUCGUGAAGCAAUGACAACUGAAGCUGAACGCAAUACUCGCUUCGCUUCUAAGGAUUUUGAUUCACUCGCUUCUGACGGUGGUGGUCCUGCUGCUCAACGAUCUAUCGAGGGUUGGAUAGUUUUGGUUACUGGAAUUCAUGAAGAAGCUCAAGAGGAUGAUCUACAUUCUGCAUUUGGUGAGUUUGGGGAAGUGAAGAAUUUGCAUCUAAAUCUUGACCGCAGGACUGGGUUUGUAAAGGGAUAUGCAUUGAUGGAAUUUGAGCAGUUUGAUGAAGCUCAAUCUGCCAUAUCUGCAAUGAAUGGUGCGGAACUUCUAACACAGAUCAUCUCAGUUGACUGGGCCUUCAGCAAUGGACCAUUUAAACAAAGGAACACCAGAAGGAGAUCCCCACGUGGGCAUCGCUCGAGGAGUCCUAGGAGACGCUUUUGAUUUUGUUGGCAUUCGGGUGGUUGUGUGUUGUCCUGAAGGAUUUUCAAUGCUACUUGGCGACAAUGGAUUAUAUCUGGUUGUACCAAUCUGCUAGUUUUAGGAUUGACCUGACUUUUUCUUUUGCGUUUUCUCUAUCAAUCUCACUUUAUUGAUGUGAACACAGAAUUAACAUAUGCGAAAAUCUAGCUACUCCUGGUUUAAAGAUUUUGUAUUUUUUUUGUGCGAGAACUAGUGAAGUUUGGUGCCGUAUCCAUUGCACCAAAAAAUUAGUGGUGUUGAGUCUGUUCUUUUCAA